CAACAUACAACAUCACACUGGUAUAUCCGUUUCUGCUCCCCUCGAAGCUGGCCUUUGAACUAACUUUCUUCUUCACGGACUUGACCAUCCAUUUCAAUUAUCGAGGACUAAUCCGGACACGGUAUACCCUACAAUGCCACCUAUCCCACCACUCUUCGUUCUCCAGGUUCCGCCUCUGGCGGCUACAUCAGCAUCAGCGGCUCGACAGCAGGGCAGCUUUAUCUGCACUCAGGCUGCUCCACAAGUCUAUCUACUUUCAUUCUCAAGCCCGCCGGACAAUCGUCUCACUCCUGCCUUCAAUCAAACCUUCCUUCUGGCACUUGAUAUCAUUGAGCAUAGACUGCCAAAAGGAGUGGUGGUGACCACGUCGUCCAUCACGAAAUUCUACUCGAAUGGUCUCGACUAUGAGAAUGCCAUCCGAGAUCCAAACUUUUUCCCAAAUAGCCUGUUUCCUCUCUGGAGGCGACUCAUCGCCUACCCCAUGCCCACGAUUGCUUUGAUGAACGGGCACGCUUUCGCCGGCGGACUCAUGACUGCAAUGAUGCAUGAUUAUCGCGUCAUGAAUCCACACAAGGGGUUCUUAUGUCUGAACGAGCUUGACUUCGGCGCGGCUCUACAGCCUGCGAUGGCAUCAGUCUUCCGGGUCAAACUGAGCAUGACGACCUUCCGCAACAUGGUCCUUGAAAGCAAAAGAUAUCCGGCUUUAGAAGCCUUGAAAGAAGGCAUCAUUGACGGUGUUGGAAGCGUCGAUGAGACCUUGGCUUUCAUUGGAGAGAUGAAAUUGACCCAGAAAGCCCAGGGCAAGUCAUACGGGAAGAUCAAGGAAGAGUUGUACCGAGAAGUCAUCAAAGAUCUGGAUAGUGGCGCCGAGACGCCAACGGUUCUGGCGACCAGGGAUCUUGACAGGAAUCGUCGAGACGUCGAAGCCCGGAAGCGAGUGGAUGAGUAUCAAGCUGUCAUUCAAAGGGCAAAGUUGUGAUUGGAAAAUUACCAUUGCCAAUAUUUUGGUGCCUGUAUUACACUCUCGGGCAUGGCAGUGCUUGUAACGGCUGUAUCUGAUAAUUUCCACAUGGAUAAGAGCGGUCGGGCUUGACUUGCUUUUCCUGCAAGGCUACGGAUACUUUGUUGACGUCCAUCGUAGAGGUCAAAUUAGAGGAAAACAGCCUGCAUCCAGCAAGUACUUGUGUCUUCCACUUUCACCUACCUGAUCG